AGCUGUAAAAGGAUAAAACUUAAAUGACUUCUGAGUGUCAAAGAGCUGCUUUACAUUAAAGAGACCUAGAGUAGAGAUAAUUCCCAGAACAUGAGACUCUAUCUCGCAGUCUUUGCGCUCUUGGCAGCAGUUCACUGCGAGGAGCUCUUUAAUGGUAGAGACCAGGUUCUCAGAAUUAAUGCAGAAUCUAAAAACCACAUUCAGAUUUUGAAAAAGCUGGAAAGGGACGUGGAUUCUGGGCUGGAUUUCUGGACUCAUGCCGUCUCUACUGAGCAACCUGUUGACAUCCGUGUGCCUCACUCCAGUCUGUAUGCUCUAAAGGACUUCCUCAAGAAAAACAACAUCCCUUUCACUGUCAUAAUCAACAAUGUGCAAGAACUUUUGGACAGAGAGAGAGAAGAAAUGGUUCGCAAUGCAGAAGUGGAACGCCAGACAAAGAUCUUCAACUUUGCUGCUUAUCAUGACCUGGAGACUAUUUACAAUUUUAUGGACACCCUUGUUGCAAGUCACUCUAACUUGAUCUCUAAAGUGAAUAUUGGCAGCACUUAUGAGAACCGUCCUAUGUAUGUCUUGAAGUUCAGCACUGGUGGAGAGAAAAAACCUGCGAUCUGGAUUGAUGCUGGAAUGCAUGCGAGGGAGUGGAUUUCUCACGCUACUGCAGUGUGGCUCGCUGACAGAAUUGCCACAGACUUUAAGAAAAACCGUGCCCCUGUGCCCAGUAUCCUCAGUCAAAUGGAUAUUUACUUGAUGAUUGUGGCCAAUCCUGAUGGAUAUGUCUUCACCCACCUCUCUUUCAGUCCGAUUAACCGUUUCUGGCGUAAGAAUCGGUCUGCGACCUCUAGCCCCAAAUGCAACGGUGUUGACCUCAACAGAAACUGGGAUGCUGAAUUUGGUGGUCCUGGAGCAAGCGAUGACCCCUGCGCUGAAGACUACCGUGGUCCUUUUGCGCAAUCUGAGUUUGAAGUGAAAAACAUUGCAAAAUUCAUCACGAGCCACAGCAACUUCAAAUCCUUCAUGACCCUUCACUCUUACAUGCAGCUCUUGAUGUAUCCGUAUGGCUACAUCGGCAUAGAUGCUCUUGACUGGCCGGAACUGCAUGAUGUGGCCACAAAGGCAAAAAUAGCCCUCUAUUCCUUGCAUGGCACCGUUUAUAAAGUUGGAAGCAUCUUCCACAAGAUUGAUCAAGCUAGUGGUGCAAGUCUUGACUGGGCUUAUCUACGUGGCAUCAAAUAUUCUUUUGCUUUUGAUUUGCGUGACACUGGUGAAUAUGGAUUCCUCCUGCCUGCUGACCAGAUCGUCCCCACUGCAAAGGAGACGUGGUUUGCUAUCAAAUACAUUAUGAAAUAUGUUUGUGAUCACCCUUACUGAGAAAAAUGUACUAAUACAUCAGUAGAGGUACCAGAGGAUAUAUGCUAUGAAACGUGUGUCGUUUCAGAUAUGACGCUUCAGUGUUUUCCAAAGAACUCAGUUUUGAUAGAGUUCUGUUAUAUCCCAAAUCCCAUCUCUUCAGGAAUUUUUUUUUUUUUUGCAAUUUUCUCAGGUCCAUUUUGUGAUGGUCAGUGUUCAUGUUUAUAAAAUAACUUUUAUGGCAGUUUAUGU